AUGACACAUCUUGUCGACAAUAUCAGUGAAAGGCGAGAGGCUCGGGCAACGACUAGGGAAUCGGGGUGCCCUGAAGAGGUCAGUUUUCAAUUGAAUGUGCCCAACGGAGAGAGAAGAAGAAGAACUCACUGUAAUCACGCGCCGCUCGAGCCCACGACCCCCUUCUUCCACCUUCCCUUCCAAUCCGCCCCCUCCACCUUCCCUUCCAAUCCGCCCCCUCCACCUUCCCCCACAUCACCCAGCGUCCAUGACCCAACCGAAGUCUACCUCCUCUCCAUCUCGUCCCAAUCCAGCAGCUCUUCUGGCGAAGCGGAAGUGUCGCAAAGAUAA